UUGUCCGAUAAUUACCGUAUCGUCCAUUGGAAACCUGGAACCAGCUGAUUUGAGUUGAUACUAAAAUGUUCCGGUUUUCCAAGUACUUUUUGUUGAAUUUACAUGUGUAGUUUUGUAUAUUUGUGUCUUGUAAUCGUCGAAUCACAUCAGUGUUAUGGAAAACCACAUAGGGCCAGUAGAAUUCAAAGGAUUUCAGCAAAAUUUAGAUAGAUUUACAGAUACUACAGACAAUGAUUGCAAGAAUCAAGUGAAAGAAGAGUCCGGCGAAAUUAUCGAUGGAUAUUUGGAAACUGUACAUAGUUUAAAUAAUAGUGGAUACCAAAUCAGUGAAACAUCAAGGCAGACAAUCUUAAACAUCUUGGAUCAAAUAAAAUCAUUACCACCACUUGAAAGAUUUCUGAUUUAUAUAAAAUUGAAUGAACAAAUAUCUAAUAGUGGAGAUCCUCUGAAGCAGCCAUUAAACCCUCUAGGAAGUCGGUCUGAAGUAUGUAGAACUAUAUCAUGGAUCAAAACACAUUUGGAAGAGGAUCCUGAGAUUUCCCUUCCCAAGCAGCAAGUUUAUGAUGAAUAUACGUUAUAUUGUUCAAGGAUUAGGAUGAAACCAUUAUCGCAGGCUGAUUUUGGGAAAGUCAUGAAGCAAGUUUAUCCAAAAGUGAAAGCCCGAAGAUUGGGUACCAGAGGAAAUUCUAGAUAUUGCUACUCUGGUCUUCGAAAUUGUACAAAACUAAAAAUUCCUGCACUGCCUGCUUUGGAUGAGGAUUCCAAUGGAAUGCAAUUGAUGUGUAUUCAGGAUGAGAAGAAACCACUCACUCAAGCUUCCUUGGCAACUGCUGCUUGGCUGAUUGUGAAACAGUGGUCUGAAAAUCAGCUGAAUGCAUGUUUUUCUUCACUUCAAGCUCUGGCAUUUUUUCUCAUCAUCAAUUAUUCAGUGGGAAUAGGUACUGAAGCAGCAAAUCAGAUCAGUUCAAUGACUGCUUCUGAAGUAUCAGAAGAAAAUGAGGUAAUGAAGUCUGAUCAGUCACACAGAGAUGUUCAAAUACAGUUACAAAAGAAGAUUCUUCAAAAAGAAGAAGCAAUAAAGGAUAGAAAGAGAAAAUUACAGUCCACAAAAUUAAAAUCUUCCCAUAAAAAGAAGAGCAGAAUAUCAUCUGCUACUGAAGCUCUGAGUGAAGCAUCUCCCAGUGAAAGCAGUGCCAGCUCUAACACCAGUCCAAUUGAGGGCAAAUCAAUCUGUGAUAAAUAUCAGGACUAUAACAAUAAACCUGCUUCGUUACCUGACUUCAACUGUUUUCAGAAAUCUGUAGCAUCAGAGGAGAAUAAUAGGGAAGAUAAUCCUCUAGUCAAGGUAUCCUCAACACAAGUGGACUUGACUAGACAAACAGAUAUACCCUCUCCAAAGAGUAAAGGUAUAAAGUACAAAACUGUCCAGCCUAAGCCCCUGUAUCAAUUAUGUGAUAAAAUGUACAACCCGCUCAUUGUGGCGGAAAAUCGAUCUCAAAACUCAGAAACUAUUAGUGAUAAGAAAACAGAAACAGACGAAUUCCAAACAGAACUGCCUUUGUCAAGAGAACGACUGAAUAGUAUCAGUAAUGUGGAUAAGGAUGCCAUGGACGAUUAUUUGGGUAAAAACAACAGCCAACAUGAGGAGGAGAUAUCCAAAUAUUUCAGUAAGGAAAAUGAUAACACCGAAGCUGAAGACACAUCUAAAAUAUCCCAAUUGCGCCAGCUUCUUCAGGAAAAUGAUUUUGCAAAAUCUAAAAUUGUCGACUCCAACUUAGGUGGCUCGGGAGAAAUAACAGCUAGCUCUCAGAAUUCUCCCAUGAUAAAUUACCAACCUGUAGAUUUGAACGUGAUACAAAGCAUAUCAGGAAUUUCAGGAAGUGCUCGAAGAAGAGUUAGUUUUGAUGUAGUACUUCCAGAUGAUAGUGUACCACCCAGUCCUAAUACAAGACGUAAGAACUUCAGUUUCACACCCAUCUCUCCUGGUCCUCUUUCACCUACUGGUAAUGGAAGGCAAUCAAAGAGUUCAAGUACUAAUGUUAGCCCCUUUGUGAGUCCUAGAAAUACUCCUGUGCCUAAAGGAAGGAAUUUCCAAAGCACUGCACUCACGUUGCAAAUUCUACCAAACCGUAAAUCAUGUACAAGUACAUCUACUAAAGUUAAAAAAGAAAAUGAUCUCAGCCCUGAGUUGGUUCUUGAGAAGGAAACAGGGCAGGCAACACAACAUCCCAAGAAAAAUUUCCUAGCCAUGUCGGCACCACCAAGUCCCAUAUUACCUAAUAAAUCUAUGCUUCAGACUCUGCUUAAUACUAAUGGUAAAGUAUCUUACACCCCAAAUUACAUAAACCAGCCACUUCUGAAACAAGACAAUAAAACGGCAGAAAUAUGUCAGUUAAUAAGUAGUGAACCUGUACUGAAUUUGUCAGAUAAUGUUGGUUUCAGGUCACAAUCUGUACCAUUGAAUCAGAUGAUAGAGAAAAACUCUUUCUUACUGACCGAUAACGGAUUUUUACCUCCAUUGUCCCAAGAUGAUUUCAAUGAAUUAGACACGAUUGAAGAUGAAAAAUUAGGUGUUACUAACAUAAUAAAUUCAUUAAACGCUCAAGUUUACAAUAACAAUAAUGUUGAAAUGAUUUCAAUAGAUGACAAACUUAUUCAAGAUAACCUUGAUAAAGAAGAUCUUCUACUUACCAAUGCAAAUUUCGAUAAAGAUAUUACCUGCAGAAAUUCAGAGAGAUCACAAAGCAUUGACAUUAUAAGUUUUGAUCAAAAAAUUUUUUCUAGGUCUGUUCCUAGCACACCGCUACCAUUUCUUCAAAUAGCACAACCAAAUGAAGAUAUAGUCAUUCAAAAUUCACACUCGUAUCCUUCAACUCCUUUAAUAGCUGAUGAUACAUUUAAUUACAAUUUAAGAGAUUGUUUGAUAAAUGGCCAACCAAUUAAAAAUGAUGAACUUUCCCAAGUUUACAAUGAGGCAUUUGUUACAUUUGAGACACUUAAUGGAGAUAAUAACAUAGUCCUAGAAAAUAAUCCUGAUAUUAAUUUUCUUGAAAAAACAUCUGUUACUUCUGACCAAAACUUCAAUAUUAGUAUCAAUUGAUCACAGGAGAAGUUUCAAAUAACCUUUGAUUUUGUAUUGUUCUAUGUAUUGUUCAUUUAUUCAUAAAAAUGUAUUCCAGUUUAUUUUAUUAAGAGGUAUCAAGCGAUUUGACUUGGAAAAAACUAUUUGGGCUUUUGAAAAAUAUUUUUCAAGCAUGAUAAAAAAAUAGAGUCUUUAGCAUUGAUCUCACAAUUAUCAAUAAAUUGGUUGUCAAGUGUGAUAUUUAGAUCACCAUAAUUGAAACAAUGUUGUUGAGAGUUUUAUUUUAUUAAAAUUUGUUAUUUUGUUUUUGUUGAUAUCUAUUAUACUAAAUUAUUUAUUCUGUUUACCAUUAACAAAGUAUGUAUUUGAAAUUUUAUUAUUGUUAAAGAAAACACACUUGACAUAAUUGAUUUGAUUCAACAAGCAUUCCAAAUCAUGUUAAAGAACUAUUAUAAAUCAGUAGCAGAAAGAUAUAGUACACAAAAUUUUGGGAACACUCUUUAUCAAAAAAAAUAUAUGUAUAUAUCUUUUGAUUAGAUGAUAAUCAUUCUUCCUCAAGGUGCUUAUCAACUUUUUAUAACAUAUCAAUAUCUAUUAUAUGUCACGACUAUUCUUCAAUGUAACACAUGUAAUAAUAUUAAAAAGUAUUUCAUUGUUUGGAAUACUAACUCUUGGGUUGUGAAUCGCUUUGUAUACCUUCAAUGCUUCACGUUUGUCGUAAUAAACAGACAAAUCUUCAGAAGAAUAUACUUCUUCAUUAAAAUUUUGUAAUGGAAGAAAUAUUUAUCCAAGAUUAGAGGACUUCGUUUUAAAAUGCCAUUAUUAUUUUAUGUUUUUUUGAAGUUUCAUAGAAAUAUUUUUCUGUGAGUGAUAGUAGCUUUGAUUUUUACAAUGAGUCAACAAAGCUGAAAAUUAAUUUGUAGCAAUACAUAUUGCCAGUGCUGUCUAGAUAGUUGGUUGGUCAUUUAUCAAAAAAAAAGAUCAUGGUCAAAUUCAAACCAUAAUCGAAUUUUCAAAUAGUUUCAUAUUAAAUACAAACAAAUAUUAUUCGUUACUACUGAAAAAUAGACGAGCAUGUUGAAAGUAACAUAAUAGUCAAAUAUGAUUUGAUAUCUUCAAAGAUUUGGGGCACACAUUUUUCAGAGUAUUUUGAUGUUUCAUCAAACUGAAAAAUUAUCGAUGACAAAGAGAAUUGAACGAAAUAACAAUUUUUUUACAAGAACUCAUCAUGAGUCAACUUUUAUCUAUAUGCUUCAAGAAAAGUCGGGUUUUUGAUUCACCAAACUUCACUUGAUAGUGCCUUUCCCGCCAAUAACCUCAAUGUCAAAUUUCUUCGAUUUUUUAUAAUGUCUUCAACUAGUAAUUAUAUUAUGAAAUAAUACUAGGAUCAUCUUUCCGGUCAGCAAUGUGAAACAAAAGCCAGAGGUUGUGUUUCUUUGACUCUGCACAUAUAUUUUGAAAGAUUUUAUUCAAAAAAUAAAACUACAUUCAAUACAAUAAAGGCAAUAUUACUGAUAUAGAAAAUGCUAAAUAUUAGUAUCAUUGAGAAUUGGCAGAAUUUUAAUGCUCACGAUUUAGCCUGUUUGCUACCAAAUUAAACUGUUCUAGAUUUGAUUUCUGAAUAUUCAUUUGCUGAUUUUUUUCAUGAUUCUUGAAAUAACCUAAAUACCUUAUUUCAUUUAAUAUUCCAUCAAGUCAGGACGGAAUCCAUCAAAUUUCUAUGUAAAGAUCUGUAAAUCACUUAAAUAUUAGACCAUAACAACAGCAUACAAACUUGGAAUUUUCUGAUGAAUAUUGUUUGGGACAUGAUUUUAGAAUUUGACCAAAAGAUGUUUCUUGGCUAAAAAAGCUUCUGAAAAACUUAGUUACUUUCUACAAGAAAAAUAAAUAUUCAUAGAAAUUAUGUAUUCAAAAGUUGUAGAAUCUCUAACUUAAGCUACUAACUGCCAGUUAUAGGGAAAUACAGGAAAAUGGUUGCAUCUGGUUGGUACAAUGGAGGUAUGAAUAAGUGAAUAUUUGUUGUGAUUGAAAAGAAUAUUAUAUUUUAUACGAAUUUGUAAAAACAUGUAUGAAUUAGGCUUGGUACUAUAAAAUUAUUCAAUUAACUUGACGGCUGUAUAACAUAUGAAUUAAUUUGAAGAUGAAACAAGAUUUGUGUUGAAAUCAUUCAAAAAUAUUUCGAAAUUCUUUUUUUUUUCUGGAAAUUAUCUGCACAUCAGGAAACACUGAGGUAAAAGACUGAAAAAAUUUCUCAUAACUUCACAAUGAGGAAAUUAUGGUAAUCGGUUUUUUGUAUUAGAGUUAUUCUUGUAUGACAUCACUUUAGUACCUGAAAAUUUUUUUAUCUGAAGACUGGAAAUUAUUUAUGAAGUGGGUUUUUGGUGUGGAUUACUCAUUUUAAAAUUCAGAAUGUUUCAAGGCAUUUAAAUGGGCAGUAUUGUAAAGUAAGAAACAGACUAAAAUUUCAACGAGAUUUGUUUUUAAUUCAGUUUCAACUACUGAACUGAAAAACACUGCUUUUUUUAUAAAUUUGUUAUUGAGAUUGUUACAAAAUUACAGUUUUAACUUCAGCGUUUUGGACAUUUGAAUGAAAAUUCCAUCGAAAUAAACAAAAGCAUGUGUUUCUUUGCUUAUGAGCACACAUUAUAUGUCAAAAGCGUGAUAUAUACUAAAAUCGAUGAUUGUUUAUUUUCGAUCACUGUUCAAAAAAAGUGUAGUGUGCGCUUAAUUCAACAGGUUUUAGUUGGGUACAGAAGAUCAAUUAAUGUUUGCAGACAUUCCAAAAUGCUUGUUUAUAUAUUUUGUUAAUAGUGUAUCAUACAACAAAAUUUAAAAAUGAUACUUUAUAUACGAGUCAGCCAAAGGUGGGAUCUACAAAUCGAGCCAGUAUGCAGAGGUUUUACUUUAUUUUUUAUACCGCUACGGAUAUAAAUCACACAAAUUUUUUUUAAAACUUCUGAAGUCAAUUUGAAAGAAUAGAUAUUAAUGGUAAUAUAUGAGUAUACACCAGAAAAAGUCCAUUCUUUUCUGUAAACCCCUAUUUCACUAGGCCUUUUUCGUGUGUAUUUCUGAGGGUCCGUGUUUAAAAUGCGCAUGCCCUCAGGCCUCUUUCUGAUAUCUAAAUCAAGCAUCCACCGAAAUUUCCUUUUCCCCCUGGAAUGUCAAAAUGCAGGUCGACCAACACAAUUUUUAUGUUUAACUUACCAUAACUCAAAUUAGGAUGGAAAGUGUCUAUAAAAGUUCUAAAUCCACUUAUUUCAACAUGUUUUCUUGCUUAUAUAAGUAUAUUAAUAUAGAAAAUGUGAUAUUAACAUCUCAGAUAUAUAUGAACAAAACAUAACCU